AUGGCGACUCCACCAUUACAGACGGUGGCGAAACACCAGCGCCACAUGAAUGAUCUUCCAGGAGCCACAGGCAGGACGAAAAAGCUUCUAGCAGGCGCACUGUCAGGAAUGAUCUCAGCUCUUGCCUUCCAGCCGCUGGACGUGCUGCGCACCCUCCAGCAGGGCGCGUUCACAGUGCAUGCUAAACCUACCAUGGCGUCUACAGUCUUUUCUCGCUUCUCGCAGACAGAUACAAGAAAGAGUUCGCGUCCAGCCAACGACCCUGUACAAAGAUUACGCUCCAUGUGGCGUGGUACGUCACCCACGCUCGUGCGCGUUGCUGGCGGUGCCGGUCUUUACUUUGCCACGCUGGACUAUUGUUUGAACGUGUUCCCGAGCUCUGCAGUCAACACGUUUUUAGCUGGAGCCUUAUCACGAACAUUUGCAGGAGGAAUUGUAUCACCUUUUACGAUCGUGAAGGCGCGGAUGGAAUUUCUACCUCCUGGCACGUUCGACAGUAAUUUACAGGUGGUGCGGUACGUGCUACGCCACGAAGGCGUGCGUGGACUGUAUCGCGGCAUGGUGCCGACGCUUAUCAGAGACGUGCCUUUCUCUGGACUCUAUGUGCUCAUUUACACGCGUCUGCGCGAGUCGUGGACUCGCAAAUUUCCGCACCUGCCAUUGUACGGUGUACACUUUAGUAGUGGCGUGGUCGCGGGCGUGCUUGCCACGUCCAUCGUGCAUCCGGCCGAUGUCGUAAAAACACGCAUGCAGCUCGCAAUCAUGGCAAAUAAUAGUGAAGGAGUCACCGCGCACAUUCAAAACUCGCUCACGUUGCGUCAAACGGUGGUCAAGAUCUACUGCGACGAAGGCCUGCACGGGUUUGCGAAGGGCAUCGUUCCGCGCGUCGUCAAGCGAACACUCUCUACUGCAGUCACAUGGACGAUCUACGAGCAAUUAUCUUUGAAGUAG